AUGAAAUUACCGUCAUUUUUCCGCUUGACCACACUUGGUGUGGAACGUUCAGUGACCUCAUAUCUCUCUGGACCCAAGGUGCUCAUGUGGACUCGCGCAGUAGGAGUUCUUUACCUGACCGCAGUACUUAUCGGCGCUCUGGCCACCACACCCAGUCUUCAUUAUUUCAUCUCCUUUUUCACCAAUAUUUCAUUUUGUGCAUUAUUGAUCUACUAUAUCUGGUCAUUGAUAAGGUCAAUCCAAUAUUGUAGACUCCCUCAGGAGAAUAAAGAAAACUGGACAAAGCAACGAAGUCAAAUUGGAGAACACAUUUACUGGAUCCUCUACGGCACUCUGACUGUUUUCCACAUUCUAGUUCCACUUGUGUAUUGGUCAGUGUUGCGCGCCCAUCAAAAGCCGCACACUGGAGUGUAUGAAUGGGCAACCAUAUCAGAGCAUUCAGCAGAUGGGAUUUUCAUGAUUCUAGAGAUCAUCUUCACGCAGAUGAAUCUGGAUAUUCGUCAUUUGGUUUGGGCGCUUUUUUUCAUGCUGUUGUUUUUGUUAUCUGCGUUCGUGAACUAUUGGACAAAGAACUGGUGGGUCUAUUCGUUCUUGGAUUAUAACAAGCAUGGAUGGAAGAUCGUCGGAUUGUUUUAUGUUGGAACUGCAGUGGCAAUCAUUUUACUUUAUGUCCUCGUUUGGGGAGUCCAUUACUAUAAGGAGCAUUUGGCCAGUCGUAGCAAAGGAGCACAGGCCAGGAUGCGUCAUGGAGCCAGUGAUGGUGAUCAUGGAAGCAGCUAUAGCGAGAAUACGAGUGUUAGUAGUGUAAGCGCAAGUACGGGCGCAGGCAUUGGCACAUGUAUGAAUAAUGAGAAGGCCUCAAUAGACGUCACACUACAAUCUGUGAAGGUCGAAAAAUAA